AGUGGUGAGGCAGCAGCAGUCUUGCAUGAGUAUCCUCCAGCAUCACCAUCUACACAGCAUCACCAGGAACAGGAACGUGUCUCCAGUCCCCGAGCACCAUGGUGGCGGCUGGUAGCUCCCUCACGGCCGCCUGCCUAUGCCUGCUGCUGGGUUCCUUCUCCCUGCAGUUGGAUGCUGACAGAGGCGGGAAGGAGGCUGAGCAUCAAGAGGAGAGGAGAGGGGGAAGAGACGCGGCAGCCAGAGGCGCCAAUUUGAUGGACCAGCGGCGUCUGUCGACUAUCUCGCAGUACAGCAGCAGCAAAAUCAAGCACUGGAAUCGCUUCAGAGAUGAGGUUGAGGACGACUACAUCAAAAACAUGGAGGAAAGCCUUGGCUCUGAUGAAAAUGUGGACUCCACCAAGGACCUGUGUCAGAACGUCAAGUGCAGCCGCCAGAAAGUGUGCAUGGCUCAGGGCUCCCAGAGGGCCAUGUGUGUCAGUCGCAAGAAACUGGAGCACAGAGCCCAGCAGAGACAGCAGCCGGGGGCCGGCGACACCAUCUGCGCCCCUUGUCCUCCCGCCGCUUCCGGCCCUGUGUGCGGCUCCGACGGGCACAACUAUGCCUCGCAGUGCAAGCUGCAGCAGCAAGCCUGCCUCACGGGCAAAGCCCUGAUCGUCAUGUGCGCCGGAUUCUGCCCCUGCGGCGCCACCCAUGUUACCUCCACCAAGGAAGACGCCAAACACGAGAGCUGCACUGGUCAGGACCUGGCUGACUUGGGCGACCGUCUUCAAGACUGGUUCCAGCUCCUGCAUGGAAAUGCCAAGCAGAAUAACUCCGGGAAGCUGGGCGCUCGCACUGCCUCAGCGUUGGAUAAGAGCCUGCUAGCCAGCUGCAAGGACUCUAUCAGCUGGAUGUUCCUCAAGCUGGACGCCGACGCCGACCUCCACCUGGAUCAAAGCGAACUGGCGGCCAUCAACCUGGACAAGUACGAGGUGUGCAUACGAGACUUCUUCAACUCCUGCGACAGCUACAAGGACGGCAAGGUCUCCAUGGCCGAGUGGUGCCUCUGCUUCUGGAGGGAAAAGCCUCCAUGCCUUGCUGAGCUGGAAAGGAUCCAAAUGCAAGAUGUGUCUACAAAGAAGCAUGGGAUGUACGUCCCCAGCUGCGACGAGGACGGCUAUUACAGGAAGCUGCAGUGCGACCAAAGUGGAGGGGAGUGCUGGUGCGUCGACAACCACGGUGGCGAAGUGAUGGCCACCAGGAUCCGUGGCAAACCAGACUGUGAUGAAGUGUUGGGAUACUCCGGCGACAUUGGGAGCGGAGUGGGCUGGGAGGAUGACGAUGAGGAGGCGGCGGGUGGCCAUGGCGACGAAGCAGAAGAGGAGCAAGAGGAGGAGGUGGCUGAUGAUGGAGGGUACAUCUGGUAGAUCCGUGGCAUCCUAAACUGAGAUCCCAGUUGCAGCCUCUGACCUCAUUCAGGGAUUCGGCUCGCAAGGCGGCGGUCCGAUGAGAUGAGUUUUUCUCUCGUUGUAAAGCUACAAAGCGCUACAUCAUCACAAAAACACAACUUUCAGCAGACAUUUUUGCUUCAUAAUUAAACUUGGUGCUUUCAAAACUCAAUAGGUUGAAUCUCGAGUCCAAUCACAGCAGACGUGGCCCUCUAGCUUCGGGCGGGGUGGGAGGUGGAGGCUUGGACGAUACCAUAUAUGUGAGCAACAGUGCAUUAUUUCAAGUUGUGUGCGUCGUACUUGAAGUUCAGGGUUUGCUGUUUUCCUUUUUACAAGAAGGUAGCCGUCCAUAUCUUCAUGCUAUUUGUGGUGUUGCAUGUUCUAGUGAAGUUAAGAAUGUACCUUACCCGUCUGGUCGUCCUUUAAUUUGCAUACCUUUUAAUGCACAUUACUUCUACAUUUCGACAUUUUUACCAGUAAAACGUGCUUAAUAAAUGCUACAGUAAAACA